AUGUUUAAACAAUCAAUUAAAUCAAUUAUUAACUAUCAAGGAAGAGUUGCUACUUGUAACUUGAUAAAGUCUACUAGUAGUAGUAGUAGUUUUGGUUACUCAAAGUCAUCUUAUUCUUCUUCAUCUUCAUCAUCAUAUGUAACAUCUGAUAAAAUGAAAGAUAAAGUUUGUUUUGUUACAGGUGGUGCCGCUGGUAUUGGUUUGGGUGUUGUUGAAAGAUUUGUAAAAGAAGGAGCCAAAGUAGCAAUUGUAGAUUUAAAUGGAGAAUUGGCAACCAAAGUAUCAAAUGAGAUUAAUCAAAAGUAUCCAAACUCUACUAUUCCAGUACAAGUUGAUAUCUCUCAAGACAAGGAUGUUAAACGUGGUAUUGAAGAUACUGUUGCCAAGUUUGGUGGAUUGGAUGUUGUAGUGUCAAAUGCUGGAUUCCAACAUAUUCAAGCCAUCGAUGAAUUGGAAUUGGAUAAUUGGAAGAAAAUGUUGGGUGUUCAUUUGGAUGGUAGUUUUCUUUGUGCAAAGUAUGGUAUCAAGGAGUUUAAAAAAGAUAUUAAGCGUGGUGGAUCAAUCAUCUUUAUGGGUAGUGUUCAUAGCAAGUAUGCUUCAGAUCUCAAAUCACCAUACGUCACUGCCAAACAUGGUCUUGAAGGUCUAACUCGUUCAGUGGCUCGUGAAGGUGCAAAGUACAAUGUCAAAUCAAAUCUAAUCUGUCCUGGAUUUGUUAGAACCGCUCUUGUUGAACGACAAAUCCCAGAAAUCUCCAAAAGACUUUCAAUCUCUGAAGAAGAUGUCAUUAAAACAAUCAUGCUCAAAGAUACCGUCGACGGUGAAUUUACAACCGUUCAAGAUGUUGCCGAAGUUGCCGUAUUCUUUGCUUCAAUGCCAAAUAAAUCUUUAACUGGUCAAUCUUUAAUUGUUAGUCAUGGUUGGAUUAUGGAAUAA